UGAGGAUGGCUAUGGCGAAUGCGCAGGCGCAGCACGUCAUAAUCCACGUUGCGCCCAGUGUCCUUGUUGCGCAGGGAAGCAGUCAGGUUGUUCCUAGUAGUGUUCAGUUUGUCCAGAUCCUCCUGCAACUUGUUGGUGUAGUGCUUCAGCUUCUCACUGUCCUGUGGGGAGAGGCGGGGGAGACACAGCGUGAGUCGAGGGAAGGAUGACCUGGGAUCAGGUGGAACCUGCCAGAAACUCAUUUGCUUCCUCACACUUCUCAACCAAGUCUUUUUGAUCUUACUUUGAGAGAAACGUGAUUCUCCUUUGAGGAUACCACACUCAUGGAGCUCUCCAAUGGAGGCAAUUCCUCUUUUUAUCUCCAGCUCACAAGGCAAAGAGGUGGAGUAUGGCUGCUAGACAAAUCCUCCUGUUGAGAUGGAGUUCCAGAGGUUGCUCCUGAAAGGCAAGUACCAUUCCUUCCUUCUCAGGACAUCAAUGUUGUGGUAGCUGCCAGACCCACCUAGAUUUCUUUGUCUCUUAGCCAAAGUUGGAGUCUUGAUUUCCUUCUCUAGAAUGGGAAAAAGAUGAAAAGGUCAAGAACUCCCCAUUUCUUGAGGGCUAAAUGUCCUAAGAAGGACAUUCCCCUCAUAGCACAAUCUCUACACCACAUGCUGUCACAUCAACAAUGCAAAGUUAAGACAAAGAAUCCAAGACCUGUCCAAAGCUGACUCAGACUUUUGAAGAUACUAACAGUUCUGACUUCACUGUCAAUCUGAAAAGGCAACCAGAAAGAGUUACAGCAUGUCUGGCCUAGUCUCUUCUUUAAGGCACUCUUCUUAAAUGUCAUCAAAAUUGUCCAAUAAGAAGCUCUCUCAUGCCUCCAUGUGGAGGGAUGUCAGCUGAGCAAGCUGACAGGUUCUAUGCCUGUGCCAGACUCCUAUUAAUCAGUCAGUGAAUAGGCAUUAUGAAGUGCCUAGUAUAUGCCAGGCACUGUGUUAAGCUUUGGGGCAAAAAAGAGUUCCUGGCCUCAAAGAGUUCAUGAUCUUGGAGAAAACAAAAAAUGUAUAAACAAGCUAUAUAUGGACAGAUCAGAGAUAAUUAAUAGAAGGAAAGCACUAGGAUUAAGAGAGAUUUGGAAACGUUUCCUAUAGAAAAUGAGAUUUUAGUUGGGACUUGAAGAAAGCCAUGGAGAUUAGGAAGUAGAGAUGAGUAGGGAGAGCUUUGCAGGCAUGGGGGGAUAGUAGGAGAAAAUGACCGGAGCUCAGGGAUGCAGUUUUGUUCAUGGAAGAGCAAGGAGGCCAAUAAGACUGUAAGGAGACUGCAAAAGUAUGUGCAGGAGAGCAGGGCUUUGAAUGCCAAGUAGAGGAUUUUGUAUUUGAUCCUGUUGGUGAAAGGAGCAAUUACAAUACAUUGCAGUUACAAUAUCUCCAACACUAUGAAGGUCAAAGAAGUUGUUUACUGAAAAAAAAGAAAUAGAUAAAAGUAAGGAUCAGUUCUGAUUCUGAUGAUCAUUUCAUAGAGCAGCUUAACUAAUAUGAAGUAAUUUCUGUUAAUCAGUAAAAAAAAAAAGCAGUUAAUAAGGGCCCAGUGUAUGCCAAGCACAGUGCUGAGUGCUCGAGGUACAAAGAAAGGCAAAAGACAAAUCCCUCUUCUCAAGUAGUUCACAGUCUACUGGGAGAGACAAUAUUUAAACUAUAUCCAUAAGCAAUAUGAAGAGGAUAAUUGGUGAUAAUAAAAAUAGGAAAGGCAUUAACAUUAAAGGGAAUUGGGAAAGGCUUUUUGUAGAAGGUAGGAUUUUAGAUGAGACUUGAAGGAAGCCAAGGAAACCAGAAAAUGGAGAUGAGAAGGGAGAGAAUUCCAGGUAUGGAAGAUAGCCAGGAAAAAUGCAAGGAAAUGGAGAAUCAUGUACAAAAAAACAGUGAAAUCAAUGUCAGUGGAGGGCAGAAGUAUGUGGUGGAAGGUAAAAGAAGACUGGAAAGGUAGAAAGGAGCCAAAUUAUGAAGAUCUUUGAAAGCCAAACAGAUGAUUUAAAUUUGAUCCUGGAGGCAAUAGGGAGCCACUAGAGUUGAUUGAUAAGGGUGUGUGUGUAUGAAAUGGUUAGACCUGAGCUUGAAGAUUACUUUGACAGCUUAUUGGAAGAUGAAUUGAAAUGGGAAGAGGUGAGGUAGAGAGACCAACCAGCAGGCUACUGCAAUUAUCCAGAGAUGAGGUGAUAUAGAGCCUGCACCAGGGUGAUGAUGGUGUCAGAGAAGAGAAGGAAAUUUAUACAAGAGACGUUAUGAAAGUAGAAAUAGCAAAACUUGGCAACUAAUUAGAUAUGAGGGAUGAGUCAACAAUGGUGAGCCUCUGUAACUGGGAGGAUGGUGGUGCCCUCAAUAGUAACAGAGAAGUUUGGAAGAGAAGGAAGUUUUUUUUUUUUGAAAGAUAAUGAGGUUGGUUUUGGAUAUAUUGAGUUUAAAAUACUUAUGGGAAUCUAGUUUUGAGAUGUUCAAUAGGCAGUUGGAUAUAGGAGACUGGAAGUCAGGGGAGAGGUUAGGGCUGAAUAAGUAGACUUGAGAAUCAUCAGCAUAGAGGGAACUGAUGAGGUCACCAAGCAAAAUAACCUAGAAGGGGGAAGGCCUCCAGCAGAACCCUGAGGAACACCCAAGGUUGGUGGGAGUGACUUGGAUAAAGAUGUGUCAGCCAAAGAGACUGGGAAGAAGUAGGUGGGAGAACCAGGAGAGGGCAGUGUCAUGGAAACCAGAAGAGGAGAGAAGAGUGUUAUCAAGGAGAAGAGAGUGAUGGAUAAAGUCUGUAAGAUGAUCAUGAAAUAUGAGGACUGAGAAAAGUUCAUGAGAUUUGACAAUUAAGAGAACUCUAGUAACUUUGGAGAAAACAGUUUCAAGAAGUUUCAGCAGGUCUGAAAAGGAACUCAGUGUCCCCUGACUCUAACUUGAAUCUUCUUUGCACUGUACCAGUCUGCUUCCCCUUAUCUCAGCAACUACUGACUAGAACACAUACUUUCUCAUUUCAAUAUAUUCCUUCCUGAGGAUGGUAUAUACAUACAUGGAGGGUAGCCUUGAUGAAAAUAGAAGAGAGUAGAAAAGAAUGAGGCAUGCUUGCCUGGAUGAUUUUUCAUUGACAAUCCCAUCUAAUGCUCUUAAAAUUUACUGAGACAUAUGCAAAAUAAAAAAGAAUCUCACCAUGCAUAACUUAGUUGAUGAUUAUAUAAAAAAGCCCUGAAUAGGGCAAAGUAGAGACUCUCUUCUAACAAUUUUGUCAGUCAACAAACUUUAAUUAAUUGCCUAAUGUUCCAGGCAUGGUGCUAAGUAUUGGGAAUACAAAAGGUGGCAAAAGACAGUUCCUGCCCUCAAGGAGUUAAUGAAUUCUCCUAUGAAAUUGCUUAAGAUCAUACUGGUUUCUUUGCUAAAUGCACCCACAGAAAUAACUUCAACAGUCUUCUAAGCUGUUAAAGUUAGAGGCAGCUAAGUGGUUAGACUUGGAGUCAGGAAGACCUGUGUUAAAAUCUAGCCUUAGACACUAGACAAGUAACCUUGGGCAAGUUACUUCACUUUUUCCUGUCUCAAGUUUCCUCAUCUAUAAAAUGGAGUUAAUAGUACUACCUCUUAGGCUUGUUAUGAGGAUUACAUGAGAUGCAUUUAAAAAAAAUUAUUAUCCUUUGUCUUAGAAUCAAUGCUGUGUAUUGGCUUUAAGGUAGAAGAGUGGUAAGGGCUAGGCAAUGAGGGUUAAGUGACUUGCCCAGGAUCUGACCCAGCUAGGAAGUGUCAGAGGCCUUAUUUGAAUCUGGGACCUCCCAUCUGUAGGCCUGGCUCUCUAUUCACUGAGCGACCUAGCUGUCCCCUGUUUAUAAAAAACAUGCUGCCUACUUUGAAGCACUACAAUAAUGCUAGCCACUAUUAUUACUAUUAUCACUAUGUAAAAGAUGUGUCUGCCAAAGUGUUCACCACCUAAGGAUGUCCUAUGCUGAUUCCAAAUGGAAGAAGACUUCCUUGUAGAUGAUGAGUUCUUCCAGAUGUUCCUGUUUUUAGAUUACGUUGUAAUAACAGCACAAAACUCUAGGUUAUUAUAGAGUUUCCUUGAUGACAUCCAUGACUGUCCUAAAGAAAUUGAUCUAACCAUCUAUGCAAGAAAAACUAAGUGGCAGAAGAGUACGUUAUGGCUUGAAUUUUGAUAUGUAGUUAUACAGGCAGUACAAUGAGUUAGUUCAUCAUGACUUAUAUACUGAGAGAUCCCAGCUCUGCAUCCUUCUUACUACCUGAGUGACCUUGACCAAGACACUUAAUAUCAAUUGUUAAGUCAGUUGGACUAGAUGGUCUUGAAAGGACCCUUCUAGCCCUGUUUUCUUCCACCUCUUAUACCUACUUAAUGACUAAGUCUCAAUUCCAUCUCCAUCACAUCCUUUCUCUAGUUUCACUACUAACAUUUUGGAAUAGGUUUUCUUUUCUGCUCACCUGGACUUAAACUUCUUUAAAUUAAUUUUUUUAGACUUUUUCCUUGGUUACAUGAUUUAUGUUGUCUCCCUCACCUCUGCCCUCCCCCCUCCCAGAGCUGACAAGCAAUUCCACUGGGUUUUACAUAUCUUCUUACUCAAAACCCAUUUCCAUAUUAUUCAUAUUUGUAAUAAAGUAAUCUUUUAAAACCAAAACCCCAAAUCAUAUACCCAUAUAACUGAGUGAUAAAUCAUAUAUUUUUCUUCUGUGUUUCUGCUCCCACAGUUCUUCCUCUGGAUGUGGAUAGCAUCUUUCUCAUAAGUCUCUCAGAACUGUCCUGGAUCAUUGCAUUGCUACUAGUAGCUAAGCUGCUUAUAUUUGAUCAUCCCACAAUGUUUCAGUUACUGUGUACAAUAUUCUUCUGGUUCUGCUCAUUUCAUUCCUUAUCAGUUCAUGGAGGUUCUUCCAGUUCAUAUAGAAAUCAAGUCGUUCAUUAUUCCAUAUAGCACAAUAGUAUUCCAUCACCAUCAUAUACCACAAUUUGUUCAGCCAUCCUCUCAUUUUCCAAUUUUUUGCCACCACCAAAAGUGCAGUUAUAAAUAUUUUUGUACAAACUUUUUUUUAUCUCUUUGGGGUGCAAACCCAGUAGUAGUAUUGCUGGAUGUAGGCAGGCAGUCUUUUAGUGCCCUUUGAGCAUAAUUCCAAGUUGCCCUCCAGAAUGGUCGGAUCAAUUCACAACUCCACCAGCAGUGCAUUAGUGUCCCAAUUUUGCCACAUCCCCUUCAAUAUUUAUUACUUUCCUUUGCUGUCAUAUUGGCCAAUCUGCUAGGUGUGAGGUGGUACCUCAGAGUUGUUUUCAUUUGCAUUUCUCUUAAUCAGUAGAGAUUUAGAACACUUUUUCAUGUGAUUAUAAUUGCCUGGCCUUUUGCAAUACCCUUAUUAAAGGCUUUCUCAUCUCUUUGUUAUAAGUAAUGACUUAUUGUUAAGGAGGGAUAUAUUUGGAAAAAUAUAUAUAUAUAUAUAUAUAUUAUUUUUCCUUUUUUGUCCAUUCUUCAUCCUAGUCACUCUAAGGUUAGUUAGCUGCUAUGGUGGAUAGAGCACCAAACCUGGAGUUAAGAGGAUAUGAGGUCAAAACUAGCCUUAUUAGAGACUUACUAACUCUGGGCAAGUCACUUAACCCCUAUCUUUCUUAAUUCCUUAUCUCUAAAAUGGGGACACACUGGAGAAGAAAAUGGCAAAUCAAUCUAGUAUCUGUGCUAAGAAAAGUCUGAUCUGAUUGAAUGAUGACAAUGCCAAAAAUAUAUCCUUUAUACUGUUAGAAGAAUCAUUCUUCUUAAUACAUUUGGUCAUGUCACUCCUUUGCUCAAAAAUCUUCAGUGGCUAUCUAUUGCCUACUUCUUUUUUCUAAACUCUUAUCUUUUUUUUUUUUUAAACCCUUACCUUCCGUCUUGGAGUCAAUACUGUGUAUUGGCUCCAAGGCAGAAGAGUGGUAAGGGCUAGGCAAUGGGGGUCAAGUGACUUGCCCAGGGUCACACAGCUAGGAAGUGGCUGAGGCCAGAUUUGAACCUAGGACCUCCCAUCUCUAGGUCUGGUUCUCAAUCCACUGAGCUACCCAGCUGGCCCCUAAACUCUUAUCUUCUAACUUAGAAUCAAUACUUAGUAUUGGUUCCAAGGCAGAAGAUCAGUGAGGGCUAGGCAAUGGGGGUUAAGUGACUUGUCCAGGGUCACAAUCAGGAAGUAUCUGAAGCCAAUCUAUUGCUUACUGAGUAAAGUUUGAAUUCCUCUGAUGGUACCACUAAAAAUCCUCCAUAGCCUAUUGCACAAUCCUAUUGUUCCAACCUUAGCUCGUGACUAUUUCCUAUGUCUUCUAUGUUCCAGCCAGACUAAACAUUUCUUUGCUCCAUGAAGAUACCUACCUGUGCCCCUAGUCUUCCAUACUAUCAUUGAGUUGCUUCCCCAUGCCUGUAGUGCUCUCUCUGUCUCUAUCUCUUUGUCUCUCUGUUUCUGUCUGUCUCUCUCCCUCCCUUCCUCUCUCCCUUCCCCCUCUCCUGUCAUAUUCCUACCUAUAUUUCAAAACUCACCUCAAAUAUCAUCAUUUCCAAAAAGCCUCUUGCUAUUAGUAGCUUUCCUUAGAACCCCACAAGCAUUUCCACUUGUCUGAUGCACUUAUCUCAGGAUAUAUAUUCAAAUUAUAUUUAAGUGCAAGGAUCAUGUCUUAUCUAAACUUUGCACCACUCCUAGCACCUGCUAUAGGCCCCCUUCAUUCAGUAAGUAGUUAAUAAAUGUUUUUCGAUUGAUAGAUUGAUUGAGGAAGAAUUUGGAGAGGAGAAGGAAGAAAGGGGCUGCAUAUAGGGAAAGGAAAGAUGAUGGGAGAGGAAGAGUUGGAGUGGAGGGGAAAGAUGGGUAGGUUCUGCAGAUAGGAAGCUGAGGUAGUACCAUAGAAAGGUGACUGGCUUCUGGAAGCUGGGUGCCAACAUGCCUUUGGAAAACACGAACCAUAGGUCUAUCCAGUUUCUCUCGGGCCGAAAGGUGAGUGUGACACAAAGGACCCUAGGGAUGAAGUAGAGGGUUAUUGAGGAUUAAGAGCUCCUCUCUCCCUCCAUCAUAUAUACCUCUAUCUUCCCCUGUCCUCCCUUCAUGCCUACCCUCAAGGAAGACCUCUUCCUACCUUAUUGAGUCCCUGGGUGAUAGACAUCUCAUGCUUGAACUUGUUGCAUCGGUGGAUGGUCCCUCGAAGGAGCCCAGACAUUAUUUUCAACCUAUCCUGAGGGAAGACAGUGUGGCACAGUGGAUAGGAUGCUGGACUUGGAAUCAUUGAUUCUUGAAUUCAAAUAUGUCUUCAUAUACUAGCUGUGUAACCUUAGGCAAGUCAUCUAACCUCUUUGUAUCUAUUUUUUCACCAAUGAAAUGAGGGGGUUGCCCUCAAUGACCUCUAAGGUCCUUCCAAGUUUAAAUCUAUGAUCUUGUGAUCCUAUCAUGAUCAGUUUAAUAAGCAUAGGUAGGCACUCUGCCUUCCAUGUUCCAUUGGUGGCAUCAACUAUCUCCACCUGCUCCUAACUGUCUUUAAAUUAAUUUGAGACCACAAUCCCUAACUAUCCUCCAGACCAAAUCUACACAAGCCCCUAGACAACUCCACAGUGCCCCCAGUUAGCAGUGAAAUGCCCCCCAAAUCAACUUUACACAUGAAUUCCAUGUAUAGUGCUCCAUCAGUUGUUCAAAUACUUCUACAUUUACUUUUUAAAUUUAAUUUAAAAGUUUUUUUUUAAAUUACACAUAGAAACAACUUUUGACAAUUGUUUUCUGCCAUUUACCAUUCAGAUUCUCUUUUUCCCUACUUCCCUGAGGUAGUAAUUAGUCAGAUAUAAGUUAUACUAAUGCUUUCUCAUGUACUCUUUUAUUGGACCUCCAACUACCCCCAAAUCAACUUUUCAUAUGGCAUCUCCAUCUAACUCCAUGCAAAGCCCUAAUCAACUGCACCUGUGACCCUCAACCAGCCUCCAAAUUAUCUGUUCCCUCAAAUCAGUUCCAAAUAUAGCUCCCACUGAGCCUUAUAUGUGGCUCUCAUCCAUCCAUAUAAACAUAACUACAUAUACUCACACUAAUCCCCAAAUACUUUACCAACCAAUUCUUCACAUGAUAAUCUACUAAGUCUCCAUUUUGUGGUGGCACCAUUUUCCUGCCCCUGUUCCUGGCUUCCAGACUUUUAAGCACAUGCCCUGGGUUUCUUCUCCACUCAUCCCCACACUCAGCUCCCUUUGGCAUAUUUUCUUCCCCUACCAGAAGUUAAGCUCCUUUAGAGCAGUGGCACUUUUUGGCUCGUAUCAAUAUCUCUGGUUCUUAGUGUGGUGUGUAGACAAGAGUAACUGCUUAAUAAAUGUUUCCCUCUUUCAUAAUUGCCAUCCAACUCUUGCCCCUAGACAGCCCCACAGCCAGCUCUGUGCAUGGUCUUAACCCCUAGCCCAACUCACGUUGAGUUGUGUGGUUUCUUGCAUCUUUCGGUUCAAAGUACUCCCCACAGUCUUGUUGAUGUGCAUUUGCCAGAUGUGGGCAUGAUUCUGGCUCUUUACGAAGUUCGCCAGCAUUGUUUUUCCAUCACUAAUUAGUCGUUUGGCCUCAGUCAGAGCCAAGUUACACUCUGAGGGGAUAGAAGUAGGUAGUGCCUGUUGGAAGACCUUUCCAAGACAACUGAGUUUCCACCAUUUUCUUCCCCAUCAUCACUCUGUUUAUGUCCGUGGAGGCUUGUCUAUGUCUCUUUCAGGUAUCUUUCUCUCUCUCUCUCACUUUCUUUGUUUUUCUGUAGGUCUCUCUUCACAUACAGAAUCGGUACCCCAAAAUUUCUCCUCUGAUUUUUAUAGGUCGCAUGUCUUUGGACAAGUCACUGAAGCCCUUGGUUUCCUAAUCUUUAAAGGAUGUGGGAAAUAAUACUUGCUACUAGGCCAUAGGGUUGUGGCCAGGAAAGGAUGUUGUAAAGUUUCUGUGCUAUAGAAAUGAGGGCUUUUAUUAUUGUUAUGAUUGUUAGACAGUAUGCCAGAAGAGUUCAGUGGGACCAGGGGAGAGAUUAUUGAGGAGGAGAUAAAGACUUUAAAACUCCCAGAGGGCAUUAGUGGGGAUAGCAGCUACUUACAGAGUGACCAGGAGUGCUAAUAUGUGCAUGUGGUUCUGGGGCAGGGGUGGGGGAAGAGGUUCAUAGGGUUAAUGAGGUAGUCCCUGAAUCAAGGAGUUCCUGUUAGAAGGGACCUCAGUGGCUCUUUAGACCAACCCAUCUGAUCUCCUUGAAAACACAAAUGGUGCCUCAGCCUUUACUUGAAGACCUUUACUGAGGGGGGGAGCCCACUAUGUCCUGAAUCUAUUCCAUUUUUGUAUAGUUGUCAUUUUUAGGUAGCUUCUCCUUAUCUCAUGCCUCAGUUUCUCUUUGUAGCUUUUGCCCAUUCUUUUGCCUAAUUCUGCCCUUUGAAGCAUAGUAACAAUAACAACAGCAAUAAAAACAACAAUAGCAAUAGCUAUUUUUAUAUAGUGUUUUUAAGGUUUGCAAAGUACUUUGCAUAUGCUAUCUCAUUUGAUCCUCACAGCAAUCCUGACAGGUAGAUGAUACUGUUACCCCCACUUUAAAGGUGAGGAAAAUGAGGCAAGAUAGAGGUUAAAUAAUACUACUUAGUAGCAAAAGACAGCAUUUAUGUAGCAUUUACUAUAUGCCAGACAUUUCUUUAUAAAUAUCUCAUUUUUAUCCUCACAGCCAUCUUGGUAGGUAAGUGCUAUUAUUAUUCCCAUUUUACAGCUGAGGAAAGUGAAGGAAACAAACAGAGGUCAAGUGACCUUGCGCAGGGUCACACAGCUAAUAAGUGUUAGUGGCGGGCGGUAUUCUAAUUCAGGCCAUCCUAUUUCCAAGUCUGACACUCUUUCCUACAUGCCCCUUUGAAUAAAUCUAAUCUCACCUCCACAUGGCAACAUUUUAAAUACUUGAAGGUGGUUAUAAACUUCCUCCUGCUUCUUCCACCCCAGCCUUCUUCUCUCUAGGCUAACUUUGUAUCUCCUUCACUCACCAAUAAGUUAACUUUUAUUAAGCAGCUACUAUGUGCCCAGUACUAUUCUAAAUUGUGGGGCUAUAAAAAGAGGCAAAAAAUUCUCCCUGCCCCCAGGAAGCUGGGGAAAACAAUAUAAGCAAACUAGGAAAUAAUUAACAGAGGGAAGAUACUAGAAUCAAGAAUGGCUGGGAAAGGAUUUCUAUAGAAGGUGGGAUUUUAGUUGAGACUUCAAGGAAGUCAGUGGGUAGAGCAGGGCAGAAUAGAACUUUCCAGGCAUGGCAGUAGCCAGACAAAAAGACCUGGAGCUGAAAGAUGGAAUAUAUUGUUUAUGAGAUAGACUUGAGAUCGGUCGUUCAUCAUUCUGGACCUCCUCUGGACACUUCUCAGCUUUUUUUCUUUUCUUUUAAAAAAGCUUACCUUCUGUCUUAGAAUCAGUACUGUGUAAAUCAAUACUGUGUGUUGGUUCUAAGGCAGAUGAGAGGUAAGGGCUAGGAAAUGGGAAUUAAAUGACUUGUCCAGAGUCACACAGCUGGGAAGUAUCUGAGGCCAGAUUUGAACCAAGGACCUUCUAUCUCUGGGCCUGGCUCUCAAUUCACUGAGUCACCCAGCUACCCCCACUUCUCAGCUUUUCAAGAUCCUUCCUAAACUCUGGUUCCUUGAAUAAAUGCAAUAGUUCAGCUAUAAUCUUGUCAGUGACAACCUUGUUUUAUGAAACCUCAAAUUUGAUCUUAUCAAUGACAACCUUGUUUUACACCCAAAUUACUCUUAUUCCAUGGGAACUUACCUUCAAGAAACCCCAGAAACACUGUCCCAGACUAAACAAUAGGCCUUCAAGCUCUCUUUGAGCACCCUGGAUAGGAGUGGUGGAUGUAGUCAAGUCUUAAGUACUCUUGCCUUUUUGGUUUCUUUUAUUGCAUUUAGGCCUUUCCCAGGUACUCUAGCUUUGGGUUACACUCUUUCCCAAGCCUCUACAUAACCAGCCAGUUGUCUUUACUUUCAUAUAUUCUCUAACACAUAAUUAUAACCCUAAAUUCUUUAUUUUGAUAGAGAUUACAGGGUGAGUCUUUGGAGCUGGGUGGCUCUGUUGUGUGACUCUGUGUGGUGGUCUUAUGAAAAUUGUCUCCCUUGUCCUGAUUAAAGACAGUGUUCUUUUGUCACUGCUUUGGUGGUUCUAUGUUUUUUCAGUUUGAUACCAGUAACAACAGAAUUAUCUAUUGCCCCCUUAUCCCAGGAGGCUGUACCUCUCUUAAGACAGAGAGGGAUUAAGCUGUCUUUCUUGGCUGUUGAUUCAUACUGAACUUGAGGUCAACAAAGCUCUCAGAUGUUUCUUAGCCAGUAUGUUCUCUAGUUGCAUCUCUCCAACUUGUACUUGUCAAGUCAGAGCAGUGUACAACCAAAGAUGGAGAGCUAGAAGGGGCCUCAGAGGCCAUAUGGUCCAACCCUUUCAUUCUACAGAUAAGAAAACUGAGGUCCAGCCAUAGGAAAUAGUUGGCCCAAAAUUCCAUAAGUAGCAAGCAAAAGAUCCAAGACUGAAGUCAAGCCCUGUAACUACAAUUUUGAGUCUUUUCCAUAGCACUUUGCUAUUUAGCAAUGAAUCCCCUAUCUUUGACCUCUGAAGUGAAUUUCUUGAACCCAAGUCUAAGACUUUUACAUUUCUCCCUGGGAAACUCCCUCCACAGAUGCAGCACCAUAUCUCAUGACAGUAGAAGAGUUGCCUGGGGCAAUGGCUUCCCCAAAUGCUAUUGGAGAGGGUUGCUUUUAAGUAUUAGUGGGUGGGUAGAUGCCCACAAGGCUGUUAGGAUAUUGGAGGAAUAGGAUCAUAGAAUCAUAGGUUUAGAGCUGAAAGAGACCAUAAAGGCCUUCUGACCCAACCCUCUCAUUUGGCUGAUGAGGAAACUGAGGCUCGGGGUCAUAGCACUAGUAAGUGUCAGGUAGAAUUUGAAUCUGAGUUUCCCUGGCUCCAAGGAAAGCCUUUUCUUUCAUUCUGCCAUACUUCCUCUCAAAUGAUGAAGGGCCACUGACCAUGUCAUUAGAUGCUGAGGGUUACUGGGAAUGGAUUGGGAUACAGGAGUGUAAGUCUGUCCAGUGUCAUGGGGAUUGUAGGAAGAAGGGUGACCCCGCACUGGGGUAGGACGCACCUGGGGGGUUGACCCCCAAAGGGUCAACUGGUGGGCUGGCAGUACCCUGCACCUUAGGAGUGUGUAGUCGGCUGAUAUCGAUCCAGGACUGGCGCCCAGCCUCCAACAGCACUGAAUCGAAGCAGUGGUUCAUGAGAUCCACCGCCUGGAGCCUCUCUUCACAGCAAGUUUUCAGAUUCUCACGGGAUUUGGCCAGGGCCUGGAGGAGAGGGAAAAGAGGAGGGCAGGUCAAAAAGGUCUUUGGGGUAAAGAUGAAAGCAAGUAGGGAGAAGUCAUAGGGAUCUUCUCUAGAUAGAGAGGGAGAUGCUGAAGGUGGGAUGGGGGGGUGGUCAGGGGCUUCUGGGAAGAGUCAGACUAGGAGAAGAUAAGAAACUCUCCCUCCACUUCCCUGGCCUUCCUCUUUGGUCUCAUUCUUUGGGAGAGUGGUAAGAUCACCUCACCCUGGACCUAACUCACACUAGAGUGAGACAGGUUUAGUACAUGAAGACACCAAGAGGCAGGAUGAGGUGGCAGAUAGAGGUAGCUUUGGAAUUGGUGAGAUCUGCAUUUGAGUAUUGCCUGAUACUUACUGGCUUUGUGACUGAGCAAAUUGUUUAAACUCUGUUUCUCUAGGCAACUUUCCAUGACUAAACAAGGCUAAAGUCUCAUCAUUUUCAUUAGCCAAAGGUGCCCCUUGAAUAAGAGUUUCCUAAACUGAUGAAAUCUACUUCCUAUCCCAAGAAAACCUGGUUUUAUGAGGGGGGAAGGGAAAGCCCCUCUUACUGCUGCCAGGAUGCCUGAGAAGACCAGGGUGGCUAGGGAUAUGGAUGCUGAGAGACCAGUGGAAAACAGCUAAAGGGAUAGCUUUAUCUUUGAGGGCAAAGAGUGAUAGCCUUGGAGUCCCAUGCAUUGAGUACCUGCCCUAUCACUGACUUUGUGAUCAAUAAAUCAUUUCCCUGACUCAGUUUUCCUUCUCCAUUUGGUGGGCAUAUGGAUACUUAUCUUGCAGUUAUUGGGAAGAAAGCAUUGCAUAAUCCCUAGAGUGGUGGCAAUGGGGAUAUGACCACAAUGCUGGAUCAGUGCAAGUUAGGAUGCUCACUGGCUUCCUUUGACUGUUGUUCAGUUGGAAUAGAAGCAGAGGUGUCAAAUUUCUUUUCUAGUUGGCCACUAUUGGACUAGAUGAUUUCUAAGGUUAAUCUUCCAAAUGUAAUGAUUUGUGGUUCCUAUACCAGAUUACCUAUUGAAUUGGAGUUAAUAUCCUCAAGAGCUUGUCCAGAGGAGGGCAACCAUGCUGCAUGGGGAUUUGGGGAUGUUUAGUCUAGAGAAGAGAAUAGUCAAGGAAAACAUUCUAGUUCUCUUCAAAUGUUUGAAUAAGAAUAAUAAUUAAUAUUUAACAUUUAUAUAGCACUUACUACAUAUCAGGCAUUAUGCUAAGCACUUUACAAUUAUCUCGUUUGAAGCUUACAACAUCCCUUGGAGGUAGGUGCUAUUAUUCCCAUUUUACAGAUGAGGAACCUGAGGCACAUAGAAGUCAAGUAACUUGCCCAGGGCCCCUCAGUAAAUGUCCAAGGCCAGUCAAAUCUUCUGGACCUCAGGUCUAUUGCUCUGGACUGUGGUACUGGGCCACCUAGUUUCUUCAUGAAAAACUUGAGCUGUCACAUAGCUUUGUUUUGCUUGCUGCUUCCACAGGACCCACCUAGUUGCUUUAGAUGGAAGCAGCAGUCAAGACAAGGCAAGAGGAAAAUAAUCUCAAAAAAGACUCCCAGAGCUUUUGGGUGGAGACUAGAAAAGCUGCCUGCUGAAGAGCUGAGGCUUCCUGUGUGAUUUCCCUCCAAAGUCCCCACAGGCCUGAGCACUAGUUCUAAGGAUGAGUAGCCACGCCAAUAGUCUUUUCCUGAGGGAAAGUGUUUCCCAACGCCUUGGGGGGCAGAGUUGGCUACAAGGGUUUCAGGACUCCAUGCAACAGCGUGCUGCCCGAACCCGGCUGCAAAUCCAGACUAUGAACCGGGAGAGAGUGCUCAGAUUCCUGAAGAGAAAUGCCUUCAUCCUUCUCACAGUCAGUGCUGUGGUCAUAGGGAUCAGUCUUGCCUUUGCCCUGCGUCCUUACCAGCUGACCUAUCGACAGAUUAAAUACUUCUCUUUUCCUGGAGAACUUUUGAUGAGGAUGCUGCAGAUGUUGGUGUUGCCCCUCAUUGUUUCCAGUCUAAUCACAGGUAUGGCAUCCCUGGACAACAAAGCUUCAGGGAGAAUGGGGAUGCGGGCUGCUGUUUACUACAUGGUGACAACAGUCAUUGCAGUCUUCAUUGGAAUCCUCAUGGUCACAAUCAUCCACCCUGGCAAAGGAUCCAAGGAAGGACUGCAUCGAGAGGGCCGCAUUGAAUCUAUCCCAACAGCUGAUGCCUUCAUGGACCUUGUCAGGAAUAUGUUCCCACCCAAUCUUGUGGAAGCCUGCUUCAAACAGUUCAAGACACAGUACAGCACCAGGGUAGUGACGAGGACUGUCAUGAAGAUGGAAAACAGGACAGGAUUGGGUAUCUCCCCUUCACCUUUUUCUCUGAUGGACAAUGGUACCAGUGUCUUGGACAAUGUUACCCGUGCCCUUGGCACCCUCCAGGAGGUAAUGAGUUUUGAGGAGACUGUGCCUGUACCUGGCUCAGCUAGUGGCAUCAAUGCUCUGGGCUUGGUGGUGUUCUCAGUCAGCUUUGGCCUGGUCACUGGGAGCAUGAAACAAAAAGGCCAUGCCCUGAAGGUAUUCUUCAACAGCCUCAAUGAAGCUAUCAUGAGACUCGUUGGUGUCAUUAUCUGGUAUGCUCCUGUGGGUAUCCUUUUCCUCAUUGCUGGGAAGAUUCUAGAGAUGGAGGAUACAGCAGUGGUUGGUGGCCAGUUGGGCAUGUACACACUGACGGUCAUCGUGGGCUUGCUCAUCCAUGCUGGGGGUGUUCUUCCACUCCUCUACUUCCUCAUCACACACAAGAAUCCCUUCCCCUUCAUCGCUGGUAUGCUGCAGGCUCUCAUCACAGCCAUGGGCACUUCCUCCAGCUCAGCAACUCUGCCCAUCACCUUCCGAUGCUUGGAGGAGAACCUUGGUGUGGAUAGACGCAUCACCAGGUUUGUCCUGCCUGUUGGAGCAACCAUCAACAUGGAUGGCACUGCCCUCUAUGAAGCCUUGGCAGCUAUCUUCAUUGCCCAAGUCAACAACUAUGAACUCAACCUGGGACAGAUCACCACCAUCAGCAUCACGGCCACUGCUGCCAGUAUAGGGGCAGCAGGCAUUCCUCAGGCUGGCCUUGUGACCAUGGUCAUUGUGCUUACAUCAGUUGGGCUCCCAACUGAGGACAUCACACUCAUUAUAGCUGUGGAUUGGUUCUUGGACCGUCUCCGAACUACUACUAAUGUUCUGGGGGACUCAGUAGGUGCUGCCAUCAUUGAGCAUCUGUCUCGGAAGGAGCUGGAGCUACAGGAUGCUGAGCUAAGCCUCCCAAGCCUUGGAAAGUCUUACCAGCUCAUCGCCCAGGAGAAGGGAGCCAACAGAGCUCGAGGAGGCAAUGAAAGCAACAUGUGAAUGACUGAUGGGUCCCCAGGCUAGAGCCAGAGUCAAAUUGCCCAUAGCUGGAGGAGCUAGAGACCCUUACAGUGGGGUUCAUGGCCCAUCUGGUUUUGAGCCCAAAGGCACCAGCUGCUCAGCCAUACUUGGAUCUUUUAGAAGAAAAAAAUGAAAGUUUAUAUGAGGUCUCUGUUCUUGUUCAGUGUCUUUGGAGUUAACUUUCAUAGUCUGGGGACACAGGGUAAUAUGGUGAAAUAGGAAACAGAUCUUGUUCUAGGAUCUCUUGGGAGGGGAGAGGCAGGGAGCAGCCCCUGUCCAAAUGUGUCCUGGGGGAAGAGAGGGAAUGGGAAACGCCUCUUUCCCUAUGAUGCUGGAGAAGGUAGGGGAGGAGGAGCCCUUGUGCCAGUGUCCUCAGGGAGGAAGGAGGAAGAGAAGGUGAUAGUGUAUCUCCUGGGAGGGAAGGGGAAGAAAGAGAUGGGGAGGCUAUGUAGCAAUAGUCCCUGAUCUAGGAUUCCUUGAGAAGGGAGAAGUAAGGGGAGAGAGAUGCAAGAGGAAUGAUCUUUAUUUCUCUGCUUGAGGACCCAGGCCUCCUGCUGGUACUGAUUCCCCUCCCCCUAGUUUUAGUCCCCUUAGAAUCCCCCCCUCCACCUCCCUAUGUGUUCUUUUCUUCAUUCCCCAUAGCCUUCAUAUGUAAGGUGGAGGUGUCCUACAGGGCACACUCCCUGGGUCAUAGGUUGAAUCCUGUGUCCUUUCCCUAUGCUACCUUACCCACACCCCAAAGACUCCCCUAUAGCUUUUACAGUAUUUCAGAAUUAAAGCCAUCUAGCCCAA